AUGCAACUAGUAGAAGAUAUCUUUGAAACCUGGUCUGAUGACGAUGCCACACCCGCAGGCACACCCGGUGAUGGUGUUAAUGCUUCUACCCCUCGUACUAACGAGGAGCAAGUUAAUCAUUUUCAGAGGAAAAAGAGACCAAAGACAUCAGCGGUUUGGAAUGAAUUUAAAGAGGUAGUUCUACCGGAUGGUUCUACAAAGGGAGAGUGUAUUCAUUGUAAGGCAAAGCUCGCAAUAACGGAGACCAAGAGCACAACUCAGUUUGCAAGACAUUUGAAAUCAUGUUUGAAGCAAAUAGAUGCUAAGUUUGAUAUGAACAAGAUGCGGGAACUAGCUGCUAACUGGGUGCUCAUGCACGAGCAUCCAUUUACAGUUGUGGGGGAGGAGGGUUUUAAUAUGAUGCAAAAAUGUGGCAUGCCACUAUGGGAGAAGAUAACACGUACUGCUUUGAAACAACAUUGUGUGACUGUGUAUGAGAUACAAAAGAAGAAGUUGGUUAAUUUGCUUAAGAGUAUUAACAAGAUUAGUUUGACAACUGAUAUAUGGAAUUCUUCUAAUCAGAAGCUUGAGUACAUGGUUCUCACUGGACAUUUUAUUGAUAAUGAUUGGAAGUUGCAGAAGUGUGUGCUCAAUUUUGUUCAUAUACCGGCUCCUCGACCUGGUGUUGAGAUUGUUGCUGUUAUUCAUAAGUGUUUAAUUGAAUGGGGAAUUGAGAACAAGGUGUUCAGUAUCUCGGUUGACAAUGCUUCAAGUAAUGACGCGGCAAUCAAGAUUUUAAGAGAGAAUUUAGGAAGAAACAAGAAGCUAAUGUGUGGUGGGAGGUUGUUUCAUGUGCGGUGCGCAGCACACAUAUUGAAUCUCAUGGUUCAGGAUGAGCUUUCCCAAAUUAAGCCCAUCAUUCAAGACAUGCGUGACUGUAUUUUGUAUGUCAAGCAAUCAGAGACUAGAGUAAUUAUGUUUUUAGAGAUUGUUCAUAUGUUGCAGUUGCCCAAGCGGAAACUCAUACUUGAUUGUAAAACGAGGUGGAAUUCUACUUAUGAGAUGUUGGCACUUGCAAUUCAGUAUAGAGAUGUGUUUCCAAUGUUAGUUCAAUUGGAUAAUAACUUUACUUGUGCCCUAAUAGAUGAAGAUUGGGAAAAACUUGAGAAAGUGUGUGAGAUUUUGGAAGUCUUCAACUUGGCAACUAAUGUCAUAUCGGGGAGUGAGUUCCCCACUUUUAACUUAUUUUUGUAA